AUGCUUAAUAUACAUGCUAUACUUAUUGCUGUAACUCCUGAAGUACCUAAAUACAAAAAAAUAUUGGUGGGGUGCGUGUAUAAUUCACACAAACGCUUUAGUUGCGAUCCAUUUUUUGAUUCACUGCAACCCAUUGCGCUUAAUUUCGACUUCUUAGCAGUACUUGGCGAUUUCAAUAAUGACCUUCUCUCAAACUGUGGUAAUGUUUCCCGUUUAAAUGAUCUUAUUGCCAUGUCGGGCUUAAAUAUUGUCAAUAGGACCAUACCUACUAGAUAUGCCAAUAAUGUUAAGCCUAGUCUUCUGGACAUAAUUGCAGUUUCUGAUAUAAGCAAAUUGUUGUUGUUUGAACAGAUUUCAUUUGUUUCAGAUCAUGACCUACUAUUUAUUACGCUUGACUUCAAGAAAACUAAAAAAUCCAUCUCAACUAGAUUUUCUUUUUGGGAUUAUAAGUCAAUUGAUUCAGUGGGAUUAUUUUGUGAACUUAAUUCAACUGAAUGGAAUGAAUGUUGGUCUGGUAUUUCAGUUGAUCAAAAAUUAGAUGCAUUUAAUAAAAAAUUGCUUAGCCUUCGUAAUCGGUAUGUACCUUUUCGUACUAUUACCGUCAAUAAUGUUUCUUGCCCAUGGUUUAGUACUACAAUAAAACGUUUUAUUAAUUUAAGAAAUAGAAAAUAUGCAGUUUGGAAAAAGUACCCUACGGAAUAUAACUGGAUGAAGUUUAGAAUUGCUAGAAAUGUAGCUGCUAGAACUGUUUUUAAGGCUAAGUCAGAUUACUAUGAAUCUAAGCUUGGUGGUACUAAAGCUACUAAAACCCUUUGGAAUAAUAUCAAAAUGCUUGGGGUUACAAGAAAAAGUAAAAAUAUAUGCAAUAUGGACCCAAAUGCUCUAAAUAACUUCUUUGUUUCUUCUGUAGAGGAUAAUGGUAGCUCUUCUUCAGUAUUCUUUGAUAUGAAUAUUGUUGACGCUAAUGAAGGCUUUAGUUUUUACUACGUCAGUGAAGAUAUUGUUUUUAAGAAUUUAAUGAAUAUUAAGUCUAAUGCUGUUGGGCUAGAUGACAUUCCUCUUAAAUUCAUAAAGCUCAUUUCACCAUUUAUAAUAUCUCCAUUAACUCAUAUUAUAAACUAUUGUAUUACUACCUCUACAUUUCCAGUGGCAUGGAAACAAGCUAAAGUUAUUCCAACUGAGAAAAAAGUUAAUGCUUCAUUAGUUUCUGACUAUCGACCUAUCAGUAUUCUUUCUUCUCUUUCCAAAGUGUGUGAGGCUAUAAUGUCUGAACAGAUUCGUAAUCAUCUAAACGUUUUUCAUCUGCUAUCUCCUUAUCAAUCUGGUUUCAGAAAAGGUCAUAGUU